AUGAUUUCCGUUCGUCAAACGCGUAAUUUAUUUUUACGAGGCAUUUGUGUUGUGUACUUAUUUUCAUUUUUAUCAUUUUAUAUACAAAUUCCAGGCUUAUACGGUAAUAAUGGCAUCUUACCAGUUAAAUUAUUUUUGGAUAAUAUUCGUGGUAAAACUUUAUUGGCUAAAAUUCAAACCAAACCAACGCUUUUAUGGUUUGCUUCGCAUAUUGGAUUAGAUCCUGAAUAUAUGAUGGAUGUUUUAGCGUUACUUGGAAUCGUUUUUUCAUUUCUUGGAUUUAUAUCCCAGAAAUUGUGCGUGAAAUUAGUUUAUGCAAUAUUAUGGAUAUUAUAUUUCUCGUUGUAUCAAGUGGGGCAAGGCUUUAAUCAAUAUUUAACGGAUGAUCUUCUAUUAGAAGCCGGCUUAUUAGCAAUAAUUGUUGCCCCAUUAUUUUCACAAAGCCGACCAAAACGUUAUUCCACUACGAAAUCAGACAUUAUAACAUUAUGGUUGGUGCGUUGGUUGCUAUUCCGUGUACUAUUUUCAACAGCUAUUUCGAAAUUAUUAAGUGGUACGCCUAAAUGGUGGGAUCUAAGUGCUUUUAAUAUUCAUUUCGAAUCAAUUGCAUUACCAACCCCAUUAGCAUGGUACUGUCAUCAUUUUCCAAAAUGGUGGCUACGUUUGGUUGUGAUUUAUUCACAAGUAACAGAAGGAGCACUGCCAUUUUUAUUUUUUGUACCAAUACGUGGUGUAAGAAUUGUUGGAUUUUUAAAUCAGUUAUUUUUACAAUUAUGUAUAAUCGUGACUGGUAAUUUUAAUACGUACAAUAUAUUAAUGAUAACAUUAAUGAUAUCGUUAUUGGAUGAUCAAGUAUUUUAUAAACGUAUCAAAAAACAACGGGCCUCAAAAUGGAGCCGAUUAUUUACAUUCUUUUUGAAUUUAUUAAUACAUUGUUCAAUUUUAUAUGGUAUUUAUGUGUUGUAUGAUAUAAAAUUCGAUGGCAAUAAAUUAGAUGGAAAAAUUACAUUUACAAAAUCGCAAUUUGAUGAAAUAGCUAUUAAAGCAAUAACAGGGUCAGCAUUUGUUGGAUUAAUAUCAUUAGCAUUAACAAUAUGUGGUGUAUUAACCGAUUUGGGUCGAGAAGUAACACAAGGAAAACGUCCAUUACGCACUUUAUUCAUUCCAAUAUUUUGUUCUUUAACAGCCAUUUCAUGUUUUGUUAUGAGCACUAUUCCAGUCUUUACGAUUGAUUCACGUACGAAUAUCACCAAAAAUGCUGAUGUAUAUAAUAUUUAUAAAAAGAUUGAACCAUACAAAUUAUUUAAUAAUUAUAAUUAUAAAUUAUACAAAAGUUUAAAUUCAAUAAAUGGUCGACCAGAGAUCAUCAUUGAAGGUGCCAAUAAUAUUGAAGGGCCAUGGAAUGAAUAUAACUUUUUAUAUAAACCAGGAAAUGUGAAUAAUUCAUUACCGUUUGUUGCACCAUAUGCUCCACGUUUAGACUGGCAAAUGUGGACAGCAUCAUCUAGUUCGUACAACGAAAAUCCAUGGGUAUUGGCACUUGCAUAUCGAAUUUUAACUGGCCAAUCUGAAGUGUUGCAAUUAAUUGACAAAGCACAUUCACCAUUCCAAAAUCAACCACCCAAAUAUUUACGAGCUUUAUUAUAUAAUUAUCAUUAUACAUUAUGGGAUCAAAGGUGGCAUCCAAGUUGGUGGACACGACAAAAAGUUGGUGAAUAUUUCCCAGUAUUUACAAAGGAUACAGUUUCAUUACAAGAUUAUUUGCAAUCACAAAAACUUCUUCCAGCCAAUAUAAAACAAGUACAAUCUACAGUAAAUCCAAUAAUAAAAAUUGUUUUAGAUAAUUUAAGACAUUUUGCUGCACAAGUUGAGGGUAGUUUCUUUUUAUGGUCAGUAUUUUCAGCUGGUUGUGUGAUAAUUCUAACAACUAGCAAAAAAUAGAUUAACAACAAUAAAAACUAAAAAACAAACACCGAAGAUUUAUGAGAAAUAUAUAUUAUAUAUAUCAAUAAAUAAUAGUGUUUUAGAGUCUGUUCAAAUUGAAAUGAGAUCAAUCAUGAGAGGGUGUAAAUAAAUAUGUAUGAGUAUGCAUAUGUACUGAAAUUUAUUCUCUCUCUCGAUCGGUCUCAUUUCAGUUAGAUCGGACUAUAAUUUUUAAGAAAUAUAUUUUUUUUAAAUGUUCAAUAUUUAUUAAUUACAACACAGUAAAGAUUUUUAAUAAUUAAUUAAUUGAUAAUUAUAACUAAGAUAUAUUUUAAAAGUAUUUAGUUUACACGAAACACAAAAUUCUUGUUAAGACAUUUCGUAAACAGUGCUAGUCAUACACGAAUACUUGCAAGUGUAGCUUCUAGAAGAAAAGGAAGGAAUUUUCCAAGGAAGCAUUAGAGUUUCAGCAAUAGUACUCACCUUUCUUUCGCAGAAGAAUUAAAAUACCAGAAAUCGUAGAGGAGUAAGUGGUAUUUAAUACCGUCGAAAUAUUCUCUGUGAACACUCGAGCCUGUAGGAAGGCAUUUGGUUUUAUUGAAAUUAAAAUUCGCUAUACUUCCUGCUAAAAAGUGGAAAAAUCAGUAAAACGUGUGAGUACUUUAGGCAUUUUUACGAAAUUGUGACACGCCAAGACUGCUUAAAAGUGUUAAUAAAGACACCCCAAGAAAGAAUGUGGUGUAUUAAGUCUAUUGGAUAAGAUAAAAUUCAAUAUGACCAGACUGGCGUUGUUUACAGGAAAAGAUUUUGGUGCUUGACACGAAUAUCGACACGCUUAACUGUGAGCACAGCCAGGAACACCCAACCUUCCAAUUUAUUUAUUUAACCAUUAACUGGCGCCCUUUAAGGAAGUUGAGAACAAUUCAUAUAAUCACAUCUUGCCAUUAAGGAUUGACGAAUACUUUCGUGUACCAUUCUGAUAUUGUUCAUGUAUGGCUAGCUAAUGGUAUUAUUAUUGCCUCGCUUAUCGGCACGGGCAGUAAAAUGGGUAUGCGUGGCUUCUAGUAAUAUUUCUUCUAAGAUUUGCAAUAAUUUAGAGUUUGGUGUCUGUUUUUAAUGGUCAGCUGUCAAAACGAAAUAAAAUUGUUUUUGUUACUUCUAAACUUAGAAAAAUAACUGCUAUUAAAAAGUAUUUUGACAUGCUGUCAGCAAAAAUGAGCUCACCCUUAAAUUACUUUCAUAUUGUCUUAACAUCAGUUUUAAGCUCCGUGUAAGUAACAUAAAAAGUGUGUUAAAGAUGUUUUUGUGUUAAGUUAAACUCGUUCACGAAAUAUAAUUAUUUUUAAUGGUUGAGUUUACAACUGCAAAACGCGCGAAGUAUCAACUACAAAGCGGCCUAAAUAUAAUGGCGACUGUUAACUAACUCGAAAGCUCUUUAGUUGUAAACACAACCAGCUUACAAUUUGUGAAGCUAUGCAUUUAUUGAUUGUCUCUAUAUUUAUAAUUAUUUUUUUGAAACAAUUUUAUAAUUUUCUUAUGCUUAAAAAUUUUUGUAAAACCUUUUUUUGCACUGUUUUUUUGUAACUGAAAUCAUGAUUCAUGACUUAUUAAGUAUUGUAUUUCAAAACUUGUAAAAACCAAUGUGAUAUUGCUAA